AUCGAGGCUACAUACUCAGCACUACCGAAGCCUAUAUGUAGUGCACUUGUGUAGAGUGUAGAACGUUAUUUGGGAUUGUGCCAUCUCCAGCACUCUUUCUCGAGUGCACAGAUGGCUUAAAAAAGACGACUAAAGCACUAAACGUAAGAAGAACGAUUUGUUUGAUGUUUUUGCUUAAAAAAAUACAUAAUUAAUAACUCGAUAAUGCGAUAACAAUAAAACUAACAUUUCUACAUGAACAUAAGACAUGAAAUAUGGUGGCGCUGAUAGCUAGCUGGCUAAUUUGUAGCUGAGGGGUUUUUAUUUAUUUAAAAUUUACCCUCUUCAUUCAAGUUAUUACCAGCUAAGCUAAAAUGAAGUAACAAUAUUAUUAUUAUUAUUAUUAUUAUUAAUAAUUAUCGCGUCAGCGUGUUGUAUAUUUAAAAUCUGCACAGAUUCGUGAUUGCUCUCCUCCAAUGCGCCACCGGUUAAAUCCCAAACGCCUCCUUAUUCCCUAUAUAUGUGCACUAAACAGCGCGUGCAUGUAACGGUUUCUACACUAUAACAAGGGCACUAAAAUUCCAACAUGGCGCCGUUUGAAACACAGCUUGAGCUUCCUGCGUAUAAGGAGAAAGAACAUGGUGAAUGAAGUGAGUUCUUUGGGUUGAAACGUGAUUACAGAAGUUCAUCACCACCCCUGCAGUGGAAACAUGUCGAGCCAGAGCCGAGGAACGUCGACGAUGGUGUGAACAUGGCAGCAUGGCGGAGGACGUGCUCAGAGACGCCUCGCUGUCCUUAAAGACGGCCGUCCUGCGUGCGGCGGACCUUCCUCUGUCCGUCUUUUCCUCCCUUCCACAGGUGAGCCUGAGCUCUGGCACCAAGAAGCUUGUGGCGGUUGCAGCAUUCGGCGCCUUCUCUGUCCUCUUCCUCGCCCGUCGCUUCAGGAGGCGGAAAGGGAAGAAAAAAGUGCUGCAGGAGCAGAAGAGGUCUGACUUCCUCUCCACGCUUCCACCACUGAAAGAUGCUGCUUGCACCCGUCCGAACCUCAGUUUGUCUCUCAACUCGAAGAGUGGCUUUUCCCGUCACGCGGCGUCUAACGGUGGCUUGCAGAGCAAACUUUCCGGCUCCCUGCAGAGUCUGACCUCGGUGAAGAGCGUGAACUCUUGCAGCGACGGCACCAACGAAUCGGCUUGCUGGGAUGGAAUGGACGACGGCGGCGAUCUACGCAACGUCGCCACGACUCCAGAAAACCUCUACAUGAUGGGUAUGGAGUUGUUCGAGGAGGCCCUGCGACGCUGGGAAGAGGCGCUAAAUUUCCGCAGCCGGCUGGCCGACGACGAGGCCGAGUGCUCUUCUGUAAAACUGGGAGCCGGAGACGCUAUCGCAGAGGAGACCGUAGAGGACAUCAUCAGCGGUGAGUUCAUCCGUAAGCUGGAGUCUCUGCUGCAGAGGGCGUACAGACUCCAGGAGGAGUUCGAAGGAGCGCUGGGGUUCACGGCGCCGUCUUCGCACCACAGCAUGAAGCACACGGAAGGCUCUGUGAGGGAGGAUUUGGAUGACUCGUGUUGGAGAGACACCGUGAGCAUCGGCUCCACCGACUCGUUCGUGUCCGCUGCAGAGCUGUCUGAGCAUAAGAAUGCCUUGGGUCUCAGCUCUCUCUGCCGUUACCCGUUCUACGAGGAGGCUCUGCAGAUGGCCGAGGACGGGAAAAUAUCCUGUAGAGUUCUCCGAACCGAGAUGCUUGAAUGCCUUGGAGACACAGAUUUCCUCGCCAAGCUGCACUGCAUCCGCCAGGCUUGUCAGGUCAUUCUCCAAGAAAUAUCGACCCGGAAGUUUCUGGCUGACACGGGGAAAAAGAUCUUGUCCUCAAUAAUUGUGAAAGCCAGCAAGAACCCUAAGAGAUUUGAGGAAGUUUAUGAAGAGAUGAUUGGCUUCCUAGAGCAGAGGGAGCAUUGGGAGAACACCGAGGCUGAGCUCUCUACGAGAGGGGUUAAGCAUUUAAACUUCUACGACAUCGUCCUCGACUUUAUCCUAAUGGAUUCUUUUGAGGAUCUGGAGAAUCCGCCCAUGUCCAUUACGAAUGUCGUUAACAACCGCUGGCUUAACAACGCCUUCAAAGAAACUGCGGUAGCAUCAAGCUGCUGGUCUGUUCUAAAGCAGAAGCGACAACAUGUGAAGGAUCAGGAUGGUUUUAUCGCUCACUUCUACAUGGUGUGUGAGCACAUCAGCCCCGAGUUAGCGUGGGGUUUCCUGGGGCCUAAAAGCCCCCUGCAUGACUUCUGCCUCUUCUUCAAGGAGCAGGUGCUGCUCUUCCUGAAGGACAUCUUUGAUCUGGAGAAGGUGCGUUACUCCAGCGUGGACACCCUGGCUGAAGACGUACUGCACCUGCUGCACUACCGAGCUGAGUUGCUCCUGAGCUACUCGUGCUCUGACGCGCCCCACCACACUAACGGCUGCGUCGGCACGAUGCCCCAACUGAUGUCCGGCGCCCUGCCUGAGACCUGGGUGCAGUGAGCAACUCUCCAGCAAUUCAUAAUUUUAUCCGUCCUUGAAGAGGAAGAACAUGUUCUCACAAUCAGUGCAUUGUUUUUGACUUGUCUGUAUCGAUAAAGGUCGAAGUGUAGCAUGUAACGGAGUGAAACUAUUAGUAUGUGCUGCUCUAUUUAGAGUGAUCACACUUGGUAUUUACAUAAAUUAUUUAUUUUAUAUCUGUUUUUAUUCUUGAAAUGAUUGCAAGCGAAUAGGUCCCAAAACGUGAUCGAAUGAGUGCUGGGAAUUGGAUCGAAUGUCCUUUCGAAAAGGUCCUACCUCUGGCUAGAAUUGUCCUUAAUCAAUACGCCCUUAUUGCUUUUGAUGGAUGAACCAGAAAUUUGGGCUUUUAAGAGUGUCGUCCACCCCCCAAGACUGCGUACUGUACAGCAGUGGAGGACAUUAUAUCAUUGUUACAACAAUAAGCUUUAUUGUUAGCACCUUUUAUCGUGUUCUCAAGUUUGAAGUAAAUGUUGGAUGUGUUUUUUCUUCUUUUUUUAUUGAAAAUUUUAACAAAUUUUAGCACAGAUCGUUCUUUAAUCCUGACUUGACUGCGUGACUGUCAUUGUGUCAAAAGGGGUGGAGCUUAAGUUAAAUUAGCCACUUGCAAACUUGAUCAUAUGACACAACUACUAGCUUCUGUUUCCUUUACAGGUUCAUCUCAAAAAAAAUUAUAUUGUGGUGAAAGUUCCCCCCCCCCCCCCCCCUGUAAUUUAAUUCAAAAAGUGGAACUUAUAUAUAUUCGAUAUAUUCUAGAUUUAUUACACAAAGUGAAAUAUUUCAAGCCUUUAAAAAAAAAAAAAAAAAAUUUAAUCUUGAUUCUGACUUACAGCUCACUAAAAUUAAAAAUCAAAUAUCUCAAAAUAUUAGAAUAAAGAAUUUAUAGUACAGUAAUGUCGACCUGAGAAGAGCUCUAAUCAGCUGAUUAAUUCAGAACACCUGCAAAGGCUUCCUGAGCCAUUAAUCUCUCAGUCUGGUUCAGUACACACAACCACAAUCACCGGGAAGAUGAAAGUCAAUGUGUUUAAUUUGGAAAUCAAGGUCCCAGAGUCUGGAGGAAGACUGGAGAGGCACUCUUGAAGUCCAGUGUGAAGUUUCCACAGUCAGUGAUGAUUUUGGGGGGGGGGUCAUGUCAUCGGCUGGUGUUGGUCCACUGUGUUUUCUCAAAUCGAGAGUCAAUGCAGCGUCUACCAGGAGAUUUUAGAACACUUCAUGUUUCCAUCUGCUGACGAACUUUAUGGAGAUGUUGAUUUCCUUUUCCAGCAGGACUCGGCACCUGUCCACAGUGUCAAAACUACUAGUAACUGGUUUGCUGAGCAUGGUAUUACUGUGCUCGUUUGGCCAGCCGACUCGUCUGACCUGAACCCCACAGAGAGCCUACGAGAGACACCAGACCCAACAAUACAGACGAGCUGAAGGCCGCUAUCAAAGCAACCUGGGCUUCCCGAACACCUCAGCAGUGCUACAGGCUGAUCGCCGCCAUGCCGCAUUGAUGCAGUAAUUCCUGCAACAGGAGCCCCGACCAAGUGUCGAGUGCAUAAAUUAACAUACUUUUCAGAAGGUUGACAUUUCUGUAUUAUAAAUUCUUUAUCCUAAUAUUUUGAGAUACUGGUUUACACUCACAUUUAGCAACCUCAACAUUAUUUCAGCUAGCUAGUUAAUCUUACCCGUCACUAGCUUGCUAAUUAGUACUAGCUAACUAAUAAUGAUUGUCAUUAAAAUCGGGAGUUGGUUCAAUAAUGCUUGUUAAAUUACCGUGGUGAAGUUCUAUACUCAGAUUUAUGAUUAACUGAUCAAAACAAUUUAAUCUAAGCUCCACCUUUGUUAAUACAUUAAUGCCAGAAUGUGAGCUUAAACUGCCUGUUCGGUUGUUAAGCUAAAUGCUAAAUAUUUAUGCUAAAAGAACUUGGAUGUAUUUUGUCUAAGUAUCAAAUUAUUUUUCUGUAAAAACUGUCCAAAGGUUGUGCUGCUACAAUGUCAAAUUUAUGAGUUAAUAAAAGGCCAAUGGAAAGUG